CGCAGCCCGGUCCCCGCAGCCAUGGUGAAGUUGGGGAGCAAUUUCGCGGAGAAGGGCGCCAAGCAGGCGCUGCUGGAGGACGGCUUCGACACCAUCCCGCUGAUGACGCCCCUGGAUGUGAACCAGCUGCAGUUCCCGCCGCCGGACAAGGUGGUCGUGAAAACCAAGACCGACUAUGAGCCCAGCCGCAAGAAAGGCAAAGGCCGCGCCCACAGGAUCGCCGAGUUCACGGUCAGCGUCACCGAGAGCAUGUCCGAGAGGUUCAAGGUCUCGGUGCUGGUCUUCAUCGCCCUGGCCUUCCUCACCUGCGUCGUCUUCCUGGUCGUCUACAAGGUGUACAAGUACGAGCGCCUCUGCCCCGACGGCUUCAUCCUCAAGAACACGCAGUGCAUCCCCAACGGCCUGGCGGCCUACUACGCGGAGCAGGACCCGCACUCCCCGGACAAGUUCUACGCCGUGGUGAACCACUACAACCUGGCCAAGCAGAGCGCCGCCCGCCCCGUGUCGCCCUGGAUGUCCGUGCUGUCCGAGGAGAAGCUGUCGGAGCAGGAGACCGAGGCCGCGGAGAAGGCAGCCUAGCGGGCGGGCCGAUCUCACGGGGCCGCCCGCAGGCAGCGGAGCGACUCAGAGGGACAUGUCAUUAAUUGUAACUACCGAUAAUUUAGAGGUUACUCAUUAUGGUGCAACCGCUUCCGUCCGCUAACGCUGCUUUGCAAACACGACUUGCUGCAGCCCGCCCCGGCGUCCCCGGCAGGGCCUGCCCGGGGUGCUGGCUGCUCCCCGCGGGAGGGGCCUUCACGUGGCGACUGCGCUGCCACCUACGGGAUGCGGCCAAAACACACGUGUACACUGGAUGUGCGAGGGGUUCGGGUUUCAGACAAAUAACAGUUGCGGAAUUCUUCUUUUUAAUUCUCACCUGGGGCUAUGCUUUUUAAAUUGAUUUUUAGAGUGAGAGAGAGAGAGAGAGAGAGAGGAGCAUCGAUGUGAGGCAGAAACAUCGAUCAGUGUCCUUAGUGCUCGCCCUGAGCAAGAAUCCAACCUGCAGCCUCUGGUGCACGGAUGCCGCUCCCACCAGCUGAGGCCCCUGCCUGGGGCUGGCAUUGCUUCCUUAGACACCUGUGUUCCUGGACCCCGUGCCCCGGCCACAUCUAGAGGGUGCCCUGCUUUGCUCAGAGCAAGCCGUGCUCCCGCCCCGUGGGGCGGCACCAGUGGGAGCCCAGCAGAGAAGGACGGUGCCACCAGGUCACUGAGUGCCUGUCGCUGUCAGUGUGGGGGGGGGAGGGAUGGGGAAGGGGUGCCGGGGCCACGGCUGCAGAGCGCCAUGACCCUGUGGUUGUCCUGCUCGUGAUGUGUCGGUUGAACAGGAGCGCAGCCCCCGGGGCUGUCAUGGAAACUCGUGCACCGAAGGCCCCGCUAACGAGUUGGCUCAGACACGAAGCCGGGUGGGAAAGGGAAAGUUCGCAGCUGGAGGCCUCGGCGCUUCAUUCUGAGGAACAGACCUAACUCCUUCCAGUCAGCAGGCAGAAAAGGGGGGCGGGCGGGGGGGCACCUCGCAAGUCCAGUUACAUUUCAGCUCACCACCUUUGUAAGAAUAUCGUUUCAGCCCGAAUCUUGACAUUAAAGUCUAUGUUUGUAACAUUGUCAGUUAGAUAAGUAAGUGUGUAAGACGAUUAAAUAGAAGACAUUCAGACACUC